CAAAAAAAUAUUCUUGCAUUCAUGGCAAGGCAUUUUAAACAGAGGUUGUCUACUUGUAUACCGUGUUAAUGUAACAAUUCUCUGUGUUGACAGAAUGAUCAAUGAUGCUGGCAUCCAUGCCUAAUCCCAAUUCUGUCACGCCUGAAAUAGCCUGAAGUCUCAUGAGAAAUUGUGUAAAGCUAACUUUAAGCAAUGUGCUUACUGCUUAUUUGCUUAUUAAGAUUGCAACAUCAGGCCUAGACCUCACUGAAUUAAACAUAGGCUAGAUAAAUUAUUUAUCUCUAUAUUUUUGUUGCAACUGAUUUGCUCUGAUUUAGUCUUUUAAGCUCUGGCGCCACCUGCUGGUAAAACAUUUUGGUAGAUUUCACCAAGUAAGCAAGUUAAAUAUGUCAAAGCAAGUCUUAAACAAGCUAUUGCUGAUCCCUGCCUCAAAGGGUACGCCAAAACUACUCUACCCACAAUACACUGCGGACGGAAAACAGGAAGCGUGUGUCUCGCGCCGGUUAUGGUUGUGGCUUUGUGGUACGUUAGUGCAGCAGUGUAGUAAUCCCUCAAACAUUACCCUUCUGAUUUUCCCUUUGCAGUGUGUUCAGCAUAAAUCUAUAACUUUGUAAUGAUUAGCAUACAGUUUGUGUUAGAAGACUGAAUUAGCGUAGGUUUGCAAUAUGGCUAGCUUAACGAACAGCCUUGUCCUAACGUUAACGUUGUGUGGCAGUGGUGUUCCUUCAGAUUUGUUUCAAUGUUAACGUUUCUCUAGCUAGCUAACAGAGAGGUUACCAAUGGAGACGGGAGACGCCUAAUCAGAUUUAGCUUGGCUAGCUAACCUAGCUACAUCCAAUUCAACGCUACCAGGAGAGAUUUAACAUGGCUACAAAGUUGAAGAGCAAACCAUCCAAAAGUUCAUUCGCAGAUGAAGAUUUGCUCGACAGCCUAUUUGAGGAUAAAAAACUCCCAGUAAUGGGGAAAGCAACUCGCCGUGGACUACUGAAUCGCACUUCUGCCACAGAUAACAUCUUCAGUAUGCUAGCAGAGGAGGUAAAGAGGGAUGGCGGGGACACUGAGGACUCUGAUGUCUCAGCAGCUGAUCCCAAUGACAUACUGAAGAACAUGAAGGAUAUGGAUGAUAUGGAUGCUGACCUUUUUGCAUCAAAGAAAAAGCCCAGUUCAGCCCCUGCACAAACAAAGCCGUUUGGCAGCAAAGGACCAAAGAAAGACUCGUCCACGUUAGAAAGUAAAAUAAAACCAGAGGGAGCAGAUGAACUCGGCACAGAAGGGAGGACGCCUAACUCUGCACCAUCGUCUACAGCACAUAAGUACAAGAAGCAGAGCUUCUAUGACAGUGGUGAUGAUGAUGAUGAAUGUCUUGGUCAGACACCUAACGAUAAAGAUCUAGACGACCCCUUGGCGGAUCUCCUUGAUGACUUGCUUCCAGAUGAAACCAAGCCUGAACCUAAAUCUAGCAUACAGCGGGCCAUUCCUGAAAAGUCUGUCCCGUCUCCUUCAGCAUCACCUAUCCUAAAGACUCAAACAUCUAAAGCAGCAAAAAAACGAAGUGAUGUCACGUUUGACGACGAUAAAGAUGACCUCAUGGACGCACUGGGAUUUGACAGGGAUAAAAACAAUCCUCAAAAAAAAGAGACUGUGCUUUGGUCCAACAAGGGAAGGAGUGAGACCCCUCAGAGACCACGUACUAAACUCGAUGACAUUCUGGAGAGUUUGACUUCACCUCUUCUUUUGGAGCGACCUCCCACGGGCGAGAAGAAGGACCAGCCUCAGUCUCAAGAGAAGCAGCAACACGAGAAAACCUUCAGCGUGAAAGAACCACUUUUAGAAGGUGACCUCACAUUUGGCUCUUAUCAGCCCACGCUGGGAUCCACGCCUGAGGGGCGCCAGUCCCGCAGACCGUCUGUCAGAUUUUCUACAGAUGAUGUCGAUCCCUCCACCCCAGAGAAGAAACCAAAACCCACCACCCCCACAAGGCACCGCAACUCCGCUGACUGGUUAGGCCUCAAGACAAAAGACGACCACACCUUUUCAGAGGAUGAUGCCAAAGAGACUUCAGCAGUGUCUCCAAAGGUUCCUUCCUCUCCUUUAUUAGAGAGAAGACCCUCCCUGACUGGUAGUCAUGCCACUUCUUCUGCAAAAAUGCCAGCAGACACCCCUGCCUUAACUGAAAAUAUCACCAAACAAACCAUGCCUGAGAGCUCAAAAAGCCAUCAGAAAGAGGAAGAGGAGGAGGAUGAUGAUUGGUUAGCAGGAGCCUUGAGCAGGAAGAAGGCUAUGUCAGUGUCAAACUCUGAGGCAAAAACAACCAAGCAGGAAAACUUUUCAGCCCUGGGGGAAGAAUUGGAUCUGGAGUCGAGUGUUAGUAAACCAGUCACUUCACAAGCUCCCAGGGGCGGAGAGGACACACUUACAUCUGUCAAGGAAACUAGCAGCACUUUCCUUGGUCAGCCCAGCCCCACUGCUCACUCCACUCCUGUCAGAGAGACAACGACCAAGCAAGAUUGCCCUCCUCAACUUACUGGUCCUUUGCCAGUCCAUGCUGCUAGCAUUAGCCACACCCAACCCCAGCCUCAGUCCCAACCUCAUCUCCUACCAUCCAUAAAUGGAUCCGGGGUACAAAGAGGACCCAAUCAGCUGCAGUUGCUCAACCCUAUUUCUACUAUAUCGCCUGGCUCAAUGUGGUCCGUUCCACAGCAAAAUACAUCAACGGCUGUCCAACAACAGGUUACACUUUCAGCAGACAGUCUGCAGCAGCUGCUUCUACAACAGCAGAUGAUGCAGUCUCAGUUGCUGUGUCUCGGGGGUGUUGUGGAUGCAGGGGUCACGCAGAGACUCAAAGAGAGAGAGCAGCAACCUGGAGAUUAUCCAGUUUUACAGGCUCGCAUCAUCCAACUGGAGGGACAGGUGAAGACAUUGCAGCUGGAGCAAGAUCAAAGCCAAAUGUUGCUAGAGACUGUCCAGCAGCGGCAUAAACAGGAUAUGGAACUCAUGGAGAACACACACAAGGCUCGUGUGAAGCUGCUUGAGGAAUCGGCAGCUCAGAGGGAGACACAGGCACGGCAGGAUUGUGAAGACCUAAUGGAACGUCUGGCAACUGUAACACGAUUAGCUGAGCAGGAACGCUCCGAGCUGCAGACUCAGUACCAGCGCAAACUGGCCCUAGCCCAGCAAGACAGAGACCGCGAGGUGGAGAGACUCAGAGACCUGCAGAGGAAAUCUAUCUUGGAGAUGAAGAAAGACCACGAGCACCAGGUCCAGAGAUUGAGGAAAUUAAAGGACGAGGAGAUUGAUGCUGUUACAAGCGCAACAUCUCAGACCAGGUCUCUUACAAUGGUGAUUGAGCAAAUGGAGCAGUUCUCCUCUCGGCUGGGGGACAUUUCUUCUCGGGUGGAGAGCACACACGAACAUACGGCUCAUGGCCUGGAGCAGGGGACACGGCACAGAGACGAGCAGCUUCGAAUGAUGCAGGACCGUCUGGCCCAGCAGCAGAAAGCCAUGGCGGAGGAGAGAUCUUACCUUAAGGAAAUCAUUUCCAGGAUGGACACACAGCUCAAUGAGCAGCAGAGACAGCUUGAGAAGGAGCGCUGGAAGAUAACAGCAGAGCAGGCCAAGGCAGAGUCAACCCAAAGAGGCCUUGAGGGAGAGCGGCAUGCCCUUAGUAUGCAGAUCAACAUGGAAAGAGAGGAGCUGGAAAGAGCUAAGAGUGCACUACUGGAGGAGCAGAAGUCAGUGAUGCAGCAUUGUGCAGAGGAGAGGAGGAAGCUGGCAGCUGAGUGGGCCCACUUCCACUCCAUGGAGAAGCAAAGGCAUGAGAGGGCUGAACGGGAUGUCAGCAGUCUCUUGGAGAAGAGAGAGGGCUCCAUCAUCAGUCUGGCACAGGAACAAGCUGACUUAAAGCUUCACACUGCAGAGCUAAAACAGAAGGAGAUGGCUUGUGCACAAGAGAGGGAGACUCUGGAAAGACUGAGAGAAGAACUGGACAGAGAGAAAGAGAGAAUAAGCAGCACAGCCUUGAGACUUAAGACACGAGCCCAGGAGGUGGAGGCCUUUAGCAAGCUUGCCUCAGACAAGUUUGAGGAAGGAGAAGUAGCGUUGCAGGAGGCAAAACGUGUGGAGAGUGAACACGAGGCAAGGCUCAGAAAUAUCCACUCCCAGACAGAGCGGCUGAGGCAGCAGGAACAGCGAAUCCUUCAGGAGCGAAUGCGGUUAAGUCAUCUGCAGAAGGACACAAAGAGGCUGCAACUAGACACUCCGAUUACCUCUUUAGCACAAAUGAUUCCUCCCAUUUUACCAGAUGCAGGUUCAGUUUUGCCAAACCCUGAGCUGUCAUCGACCCUGAACAUUCCCCCUCCUACUUCAUUUGCCAACUCUCAGUCCAUGGCUCUACAGGCCAGCCUGGCUCUGUGGAAGUACACUGCAGAAAAGGACCGUGAAUACCUCCGAGAUGAGCAGAUCUUUUUAGAGAAUUUGAAGAAGAAAUCUUACAGAUCGCCUUUCAAAACAGAUUGAACUUGUAAGAUUUUUUUUAUUAAACAUUUCAGAUCAAA